UGGUUUUCAAGAUGGGAGCAUCGUGGAUGAAAUACGCGUGACGCUUCAGCUAAGGAUUCUGUGAAUAAUUAUUUUGAAAGACAACAGUGAUUUAUCUUAUUUUAGGUUGUACGGAGUUGUGCCGUCCUUUAAAUAUGGGGAAGUCAAGGACUAAAAACCAGAAGAAGUCGCGUGUAACUGCCGAUCGGUUGGCAGAGGAGACUUACGGCAAUGUGCCGCACACGUUUGUGUUUCACCGCGGACAGAUCGGGAAGAAUGUCGGUCAGCUGGUGAUGGACAUGAGACGAGUCAUGGAGCCUUUCACGGCGAACACUUUAAAGGUGCGGAAGAAAAACGUCUUGAAAGAUUUUGUUACAGUGGCCGGACCAUUAGGGGUGACGCACUUCUCAAUAUUUUCUAAAACAGAAAACAGUGUAAAUAUGAGACUUGCACGACUUCCCAAAGGCCCAACGCUUUACUUUCGUGUUGCCAAGUACACCCUCAUCAAAGAUGUGGUUUCAUCUUUAAAGAGGCACAGGAUGCAUGAACAGCAGUUUUCCCAUCACCCAUUACUAGUGCUAAAUAAUUUUGGCACAGAGGGAAUGCAUAUCAAGCUGAUGGCCACCAUGUUCCAGAACAUGUUCCCCUCAAUCAACGUACACAUGAUCAGCCUCAACAGCAUAAAGAGAUGUGUGCUGUUAAAUUACGAUCCGGUGUCUCAGGAAGUGGAGUUUCGUCAUUAUAGCUUGAAGGUGGUGCCCGUGGGCAUGAGUCGAGGGGUGAAGAAGCUCAUGCAGGAGAAGUUUCCCAACAUGAGCAAGCUGGAGGACAUCAGUGAGCUCCUCAUGAAAGGAGUCAACCUUUCAGAGAGCGAGGCUGAGCAGGAUGGUGAUCACAACAUCACAGAGUUGCCUCAGGUGUAUUCUGGCCGUGGGAACAUUGCUUCUCAACAGUGCGCAGUUCGGCUAACUGAGAUUGGCCCCAGAAUGACUCUGCAGCUGGUGAAGAUUUUAGAAGGCAUGGGAGAUGGCAAAGUGCUUUAUCAUUCUGUUUUCAAAAAGUCUGAGGAGGAGCUACAAGAAAUGCUGAACAGGAAGGAGGCCCGUCUGAAAGAGAAGGCAGAGCGGAAGAAAAAGCAAGAACAGAAUAUCGCCCUGAAGAAAGAAAAACGGGAUGAGAACAAGCAAAAGAGUUUGAAUGGCAUCAAGAGAAAAUGGCAACAGGAAGGGCAGGUGUCUGAUGAAGAAGUGGAGGAUCCUGGGAAUCAGGAGGGCCAGGCUGCAGCAGUGGAAUCAGAUGAUGAAGCAGAAUAUUACAGACAGGCUGUAGGAGAGGAACCAGAUGAAGAUAUGUUUCCUGUGUCAAAAAGGAAGCAUGGCCCUGGCAAGUCACCCAGACCAUUCAAAAAGAGGAAGCUGUCACCAGGAAAGGCAACUCACCAAGACAAGCAGAACUUCAAGUCACUUGACAGAGGAAAGAAAGUUGGCCCAGGGGGUAAAUGGUUUGGAGAUAGAAAAGCGGUAGAGGGAAGAAGCAGGUUUAGGAAGAGUGAAGGAGGUAAGAAGUUUGGAAAUAAAGGGGAACGAGGAAAUAGGUUUAAAGGUCAGAAAAUGGGGGCAGCGGGCAAGAAAUUUGGUGGACAGAAAGCUUUUAAAGGCCGACAGAAAGGCACUGGAGAAAAAAAGGACUUCAAACACAAAAAAGGAAAUGACAACCGGAAACGAAAGUGAGAUUGUACACCUCUUGUAGGACAUCACCACAAGGUGGGACUGUUGCUUCACACUUGACUUGAAUUCACAUUUCAAAUCUUCAGUCUCUACCUAGAAAAAGUGCACCCUUUGCACGAGAAGGGAAAUAAAGUUUGUUACAGUUCAAGGGUGGCAGUCGGAGUAAUAAAGUUUAGCAGAAUUAUUUGGUAAGUUUUAAAUGUUAAAACUUGACUGAGUCGACAUCAUAUCUACAGUUGAUGUGGAUUUAUUGAGUUGAAUAGGUUUAAGGUAUUUUGUGUUUGAAUCUUAUUUGCUCAAAUGUUAAAAGAUAUGAUAGUUUUCAAUUGUAAUCCCAUUUAUGACAUGGAUAUAUUUUAAACUUGCCUUAAUUUUGACACCUGUAUAAACUCCUAAAAUAAAUAAAAUUGUAGCACUAACAAAAAAUGUCUAACUUAGUAUAAUACACAGCCCUGGAUGAUACAAAUACUGAAAGUAUUUUUAGCCAAGUUUGGUUUUUUUUUACAGAGUGCUGGUCAAGCUGUUAUAUACAAACUGAAUGUAACACUUUUUGUAGCUCUAUAUUUCUUGCUUCAUAAUGUGUGCAGAAGGAAGUAAGUCAUAUUUUUUUCAGAUGCAAUUUGUAAUUUCUGCAUUUUCCUUAAUUUAAGCUUUCUUUCUUUUUACUUAAAAUGACCAAAUUUAUGUUGAUUACCUUCAGGUAUUAUUCAGGUAACUGCUGCGCUAUUAUAUCUUAUAUACCAAGUUUGAAAUAAGUUUGUGCAUUAUACACAGAAAUUAAGUGCAGAUAAUUUAUCACCUAAAUUAUAUAACCAUCAGGCUAUAUUGCAAAUCUUUUUUGAAAAUUGCACAAUUUACCAACCCAAAGAAGCUUAUAUCUAGCAGACCAGCAUUUCUUAACUGGAAAUUUCUGUAAGCCCCAGUCUUAUCAAACAAAUCAAAUUUUGCAGAAACAUCUAAACAGUACUCCGUUUCCCACUUCUAAUCUACCUGCAUUGCAACUGUACAUUUAAGAUAACAGAAAAUGCUUCUCAACAAUUGGAUAUUUUUUGAGAACUUAAACAGACUGUACAAUUGGAUAUUUACUGUUUAAGAACUAAAACUGACUGUCUGAGUUACUAUCGCAAUCUGAUUUGACUUUGAAUAUCUGAUAUUAGCAAUUUCCUCAAACGAAAACAAAAUUACAGAUAGCAAAAAUGUGCAUUUUUACAUUUUACUUUAAUUGUUGAUAACAGAAAAGGGUAAGUUUUUAUAUAAAAAUCAUUAUUUUUACUAGUAACAAGUACAGUUAGAAUGUUUUUAGAAUGUUGUCUAAGAAAUUAUAGAUAUCUGUAAUUGUAUUUUGAACAGGAGUGAAAUUAUGAAAUACAGUUACAACUGUGAAAAUUUAUGGCUUUUACUGUAAACCCUAAUGCUCAAAAUAAUUACCGUAAUUGUUUUGAGUUGGGAACAAUGUAAUCAUACAAAUUAGUUCAAAUAAAUGAACAUUUGAGUAUUUGGAACAUUUUCUUUUGAGUUCACAAAACUUACAACUUUUAUGUAACCUGAAUUGAUUAAUGUUUUGAGUUUAAUAAACUUGACUCUUUAAAUUUACAGAAACUUACAUUUAAAUGAAACUAGAGAUUUAUAUUUUACAGCAUGCUUUACAUGACACAUGACAGGGAGGGUAAAUGUUAAAAUGAAUAGAUAAAUGUAAAGGGAGAUACUUGACAGUGUUUUUUUGUGGUGUUUAGAAGAGUUUUUGUCAUGUUUAAGUUUUUGGGGGUUACCAAUACGAUGAAUAGUGGAGCUUGAGGACAGGUACAAAAUUAGAUCUACAAUAUAUUUAUAUACUUGUUGAGCAAUUGCUAUGCUAAUCAAAGGAUGGUUUAUCCAAUUAGCAUGCAUUCAGCAUGUCCACGUUCACUGUACUACUUUGUUUUAGCUAGUGCUAGCUAGCUAGGUUCCCUCUGCUUGACAUAUUUAAGUUGAUCCUACAUGGUGAUUUUAAAUUUAGCCAAAGAGUAACAUUGAAAAUUAAUUACCAUUGAAAUAAUUACCGCUUACUCUGUAUUUCAAGUUGACUGGUAAAAUAAAAAGUUAAAU